AUGGGCAAGCAAACGACAACCUUUCGAAUACAGGGUGCGGCGAGUGCAAUCAGCCAUCUUGACGUUGAGUCGUUCUUCGACAAGUUCGGAGUCCCACUGAACUACGCUUUUGCUGCGAUUGGGAUUUCCGAGAGCACCACAAUCCUCAUCAACCUCAAGAAGGCUACCCUGGCAUCCGUGGAGAAGACCCUGAAACGAGACCUUGGCACCCAGUACACCGCGGAGGCCGUGGAGAGGGCCGAGAGCGGACAGAGAUUCGUCCCUGGAGAACGCCAAAAAAAUGGGCGGUGUAAGGCGACCAUUGAGAUCGAGGCAGCAGCUGCAGCAGCUGCAUCACGUCUCGGAGAUUCGACCGCAAAAUUUGUUCUUGUCGGUGUCUCGCAGCGAGCAACCUACUCGUACAACACCCAGGCAGGUCUUGUCAAGGUGGGGAAUGAAAAACGCACGGCUCGACCCCUUGAAAAGGGGAACCCCGUGCCAGCAGGCGAACAAGCCGGUGUCGCCUCUGGCCUCGUCGCGCUCCAUCAUCAGGGACGAACCGUGGACGUGAUAGGCGCAGCAGCACCUACGCCCGCAACCACCCGCCCGAGGCCGGAGUCGGAGGGCCUACUCAAGACCGCGGUGCACGAAGCUUCAGCGCCGGAAAGGUGGCAGUUACUGCUGUAUGACACGACAAGCACACGUCCACCAUCGGUGCGAGAUAUCGCUCCGGUCAUGAACGGGGACUGGGAAGAGGCGAGGGCAGAGACAGAUGGAAAAGAGGCCCGCCAGAUCCAGGGGGGUCGGAACGUCAUGGAAACAGAGCGCCGGAGUCAGCAAGUCCAACUCGACACGAUCCCCGCCGUUCGGCAAAUGCUUUCGACAGGGCGCGACCCCUCCAUCCAUGUGCCAAAGCUCGUCGAGUUCGUCCAGAACGAAGACGACUCCGCUCUGCAGAUUGAGUCGGUCGGGUUGUUGGCGACGAUCUCUGGUAGACACACCAAUGUGGUGGUCGAGAACGGCGCCGUUCCAGUCUUCGUACGUUUGCUCACAAGUACCAACGACGACAUCCGAGAAGAGGUGGUGCGGGCGGUAGGCAACAUCGCGGGAGACUCCCCCUUUUCCCGCGACAUGGUUCUUCAGCGAGGCGCGUUGGGCCCCCUACUCCAGCAGCUGACAGACCGAUCUAAGCCGUCGAUGCUACGGAUAGCCACGUGGGCACUGAAAAGAUUCUGCGGCGAGAUUUCGCCGCCCAGGUUGGAGCAAGUCAGUCCAGCGCUGCCCACCCUGGCUCGACUGAUGCGCUCCGUCGACGAAGAGGUGCUGAGAAAUGCGUGCGCGGCUCUACGCUACCUUUGCGCUCCGGUGUUGGAAGCGAGUUUUUUGGCAGGCAUCGGCGCACUUAUGCAUAGAGAAAUGGUCCAGGCGGUGGUCGGAGCCGGAGUCUGCCAGCGCCUAGUGGAAUUGCUGGACCAUGCCUCUCCCGCCGUGCACUUGGAAGUUUUGUGGGCCAUGAAUGGAAUCGUUUCGAGCGAGGACCAGCAUACGCAGGUGUUGAUCGAUUCCAACGUGUUACCGAGGCUGCAUCACCUACUAGUUUCGUCUCAUCAUCAGAAUCUUCGCGAGAAGACUUGCCAAGUCAUUUGCAGGAUCACGACGGGCCGUGAGGAGCAGAUCCAGGCAGUGAUCGAGGCCGGCAUCAUCCCCACCCUCAUCCAGUUCCUUGCCGACGUGAAUUCCGACAUUCGACGGUACGCUGCAUCAGCUAUCUCGAACGUGGCCGAGUUUGGCGACCCGGAGGAAGUCAAGGGAUGGAUCCCGCUCCUGUUCAUACUCUUGGAGAGUGAUACCCAAGGCAUCCUCAGGGUGUUCGGGAUCCUUGAGAAAUUCCUCAAGGUGGUUCCUCACUCCGAUGCAUGGCGGCCGUUUCGUUCUCUGCUCAACUCUCCGAAUACAGUAGUCUGCGGUAGGGCUUGCAGGGCCAUCCACUCGAUCACGUGGGGCAACAAGAAGCAGUCUCGGGCCGCGAUCGAGGCCGGCAUCGUACCUGUCCUCAUCAAGCUCCUUGCCGAUGCGAAUCCCGUCUUUCGAUAUUACGCUGCAUCAGCUAUCUCGAACGUGGCCGAGUUUGGCGACCCGGAGGAAGUCAAGGGAUGGAUCCCGCUCCUGUUCAUACUCUUGGAGAGUGACACCCAAGGCAUCCUCAGGGUGUUCGGGAUCCUUGAGAAAUUCCUCAAGGUGGUUCCUGCCUCCGAUGCAUGGCGACGGCUCCGAGAUCUGCUCAGCUCGUCGGAUCCUAAAGUCCGCGAGAAGACUUGCGAAAUCAUCCACAAGGUCACGAGGUGCAACAAGGAGCAGUCUCGGGCCGCGAUCGAGGCCGGCAUCGUACCUGUCCUCAUCCAGCUCCUUGCCGAUGGGAAUCCCGACAUUCCGCGGAACCCUGCAUCAGUCUCGAAUGUCACGGAGGAAGACGAGCCGAAGGAAGUCAGGGGAUGGAUCCCGGUCUUGUUAGCCCUCUUGGAGAUUGACGAUACCCAAGUCAUCAUCGGGGCGCUCGAGAUCCUUGGGAUAACCCUCCAGGCGGUUCCUCACUCCGAUGCAUGGCGAUGGCUUUGUCAUCUGCUCAGUUCGUCGAAUACUAAAGUCCGCUAUAAGGCUUGCGAAGUCACCCGCUGGAUCACGACGGUCAACAAGGAGCAGGCUCGGGCCGUAGUCGAGGCCGGCAUCGUACCUGUCCUCAUCAAGCAACUGGCCGAUAGGGAUUCCGACAUUCAACGGCACGCGGCAUCAGCUAUCUCGAACGUCAUCGAGUUACGCGAGUCGGAGGAAAUCAGGAGGUGGGUCUCGCGCCUAUUGAGCCUCUUGGGGAACUGCGGCACCAUCUCCACCGCCCGGGUGUCAUGGAUCCUACAGAAAUUCCUUAAGGUGGUUCCUGACUCCGAUGCAUGGCGGCGGCUGCUUGAUCUGCUCAGCUCGUCGAAUACAGAAGUCCGCGAGAAGACUUGCCAGGUCAUCCACGAGGUUACGAGGUGCAACAAGGAGCAGACUCGGGCCGCGAUCGAGGCCGGCGUCGUACCUGCCGUCAUCCAGCUCCUUGCCGAUGUGAACUACGGCAUUCGAUUGUGUGCUGCAUCAGUUAUCUCGAACGCCACCAAGUUUGGCGAGCCGGAGGAAGUCAGAGGAUGGAUCCCGCGCCUGUUCAUCCUCUUGGAGAAUUUCAUUACUGCCGAAGUCAUGGCGAACGUGCUCGAGAUCGUCGAGAGAAUCCUUGAGCGCGGUGACACGGAUGCGAAGGCGCAAGGGCAUGAGAUGAACCAGAUGGCUACGUGCAUGCUUGAAUGCGGUGGAUGGAAGCACCUUGAACGUCUCGAGUGUUCCGGUCUAUCUGAAUCCGUCGACGGAUUAGGUUUCUUCGACAUCAUCGCAAAGCGCAAGGCGCGGGAGAAACUGAAGCGCUUUAAGCUUUAACAAUCUCGCAGACGAGUACGCACAAGGCGGAGCGCAGAGUGGUCCUACUGCAUGAUGUCCUGGUUACUGGUUCAUUAGGCCUGGUAGUCCUGGAGGAUUGCUUGUUUGUUUGAAGGUCUACAAAAUGGUGCCCCAGAAAUGAUCGAAUGAACACUCGCUUUUCGUUGCUUGGCAAAGAGGAUUGGCUUAACUUCAGCCCGGUCUGUUGCUACAACUUCGUGAAAAGAGAGUGGAUCAAAGUUGUGGAGUUGAGCGUGCGUGGAAUGAAGGUUUCGUACGUAUGUCGGGGUAGCCUCCAAUCGCAGUUGGUUGGUUGAGACUCGGGGGAAUCCGUCCGCUGUAGUUGUACAGCAAUAGCUGGGGUCACAUGCCUUGUGCUGUUCCCCUUAAUGUACACCCCCCUGAACGUCCACGCGGUGACUACUUGUUGUGCUACCGGUGGUACUUCUAGCGCAGUGUGGUAUGAUUUGAGGCAAUGUGAUGUGAUGUAUUGCAACCUGGUGUGAUACGAUGUAGGGUAUAACCGGGUGGGAUUUGAUAUUGAACCGUUUGAAGUGUUCAAUCCUCACAAGACCUGCCGGGCGGCACUCGUCUUCCAGCACCGGCCAUGGCGUUGCCGGCAAAUGUAGAACCGUCGGUAGGAUGUCGAUGUUCAAACCCGUUGUUGUUGAAGCGUUGUCGAAGCGCCUGAACGGGUACUGUGAUGUACGAAGGUGUUAUCGUACAGUGCGACGGGUAUGCUCUGUGCAGCCCCCUGAUACCAACCACACCUCACUCUCGCGUCAGCACAAGAAAACCGUCGAAUAUUGGCGUCAGCUUGUUGUUAUUGUUGUUGAUAAUGGUGAUGAUAGUGAUGACGGUUGUUUAUGUUGUCGCUAUUCAUGUUGUCGUUACUGUUGUCGUUGUCGCUAUCGUCGUCGCUGCGGUUGUCGUUGUUAUUGU